CUCCUAUUGGAUGCGUAAUUGAAACGGGAACAUCAUUAUCUUUGAAUAACUACUCCUUGACCUUGUAAGCUUGAACCUUUUUAUUGGAGAAAGUAAACCAAGAGAAACAAAAGCAAAGACAGCAAAAGGCCGUUUUGUCGUUGCAGUUGAAGUUGCUGUAGUUGCCGUUGUUAAAAAUCUUAAAAAUAGAAAUCACAACCUGUUGCCGUAGGCCCCCACCUUCGCCAACCUCUCCCAAGCUGUUGUUACUGUUCCAAUAUCCCACAAUUGAAGGUUUCUUCGGGAAGAUCAUUUGGUCCCUCUUUCCAUUCUCUCUCUCUCUCUCUCUCUCUCUCUCUCUCUCGUGCUUUGUUCACAGAAGACUCGUGUUCAUCAUCAAGUCCUCUGGAUAUUUUUGUUCUUUCGCGAAGAGAGAGAGAGAGAGACAAAGAGAGUUUCUUAAUCCUCAGAGAUCUGGGAGUUCCAUGCAGAGAGGUGAAAGAGUAGAGAAUGGAGAAGAAAGGGGUCUGGUUUUCCGCACUGAAGAAAGCUUUCUGUUUUAAACUUAAACUCGAGGAAAAGGAAGAGAAGCAGAAAACCCACAAACCAAGGAAAGGUUGUUUUGGGAAGCUCACUAAACGGGCUCCUGUUUCUUCAUCCAAAGAAAUUGCUUUGGCUACUUCUUCCCCUCCCCCUGCUCCUGCUAUUCCUGAUCCUCUCCCUUCGGCUUCCAUUGAAGAAGAUGUGAAGUUGACAGAAACCGAGAAUGAACAGAACAAGCAUGCUUUUUCGGUGGCAAUCGCCUCCGCUGUGGCUGCAGAAGCGGCUGCUGCAGCUGUUCAGGCUGCUGCAGAGGUUGUUCGUCUCUCUACUUUUACACGUUCUUCUGGAAAAUCGGAGGAGGAAAUUGCAGCUGUCAUGAUUCAGACUGCAUUCCGAGGAUACUUGGCAAGGAGGGCAUUGCGGGCUUUAAGGGGAUUGGUGAGAUUGAAAUCAUUUAUAAAAGGACAAUCUGUCAACCGCCAAGCGGCAACGACAUUAGAAUACAUGCAGACUCUAGCUCGUGUGCAGUCUCAGAUUCGUGCAAGGAGAAAUCAAAUGUUGGAGGAGAACCAGGCUCUCCAGCGGCAGCUCCAACAGAAACGUGAUAAAGAGCUUCAGAAGUUGAGAAAUUCUUCUGUGUUCUUUUGGUCUCAGACUCCCAGCUGUUUGAUAAGAAAUUUCCAAUCCUUGGCUGUUGUUGUUGCCUGUUGGUCCCCCCCCCCCCCCUUCUCACCAAGAUGUUUUGGAAAGUGGGAAUGUUUCGUCAGGCAGUAUCUGAUGUCAGGAGACUGGGAUGAUAGCACACAAUCUAAGGAGCAAGUUGAAGCAAAACAACAGAUCAGGCAAGAAGCUACCAUGCGAAGAGAAAGGGCAUUGGCUUAUGCAUUCUCCCAUCAGCGAAUGUGGAAGAUUUCUUCGAAAUCCGCAAAUUCAACAUUUAUGGAUUCGAACAAUCCUCAUUGGGGUUGGAGUUGGUUAGAGCGAUGGAUGGCAGCCCGUCCAUGGGAAAACCAAAGUGUGAUGGAUCACAGUGACCGUGUAUCUGUAAAAAGCACUGCAAGCCGUGCCAUUUCUGUUGGAGAAAUCACCAAAGCUUAUUCUCGUCGUGAUCUUAACCAGUAUAAUAAGCCUUCCCCUACUGGAAAAAAACCAAGCCGGCCUCCUAGCCGCCAAUCCCCUUCAACUCCCCCUUCAAAGGCACCAUCUUCAUCAUCAGUAACCGGGAGACGAAAGACACAUAGUCCCAAGGGGAGCGGCUGGAGUGGGGAUGAUGACUUGAGGAGUAUGCUCAGUGCCCAAUCAGAUCGCUGCCGGCGGCAUAGCAUCGGAGGUUCAUCAGUGAGGGAUGACGAGAGCCUUGCUAGCUCACCUGCAGUUCCAAGUUACAUGGCACCAACACAAUCGGCAAAGGCCAGGUCCCGCCUGCCAAGUCCAUUAGGACCAGCCAAAAAGGGUACACCGGAGAAGGGAUCGGCUGGUUCUGUGAAGAAACGUCUCUCAUUCUCUGCCUCCCCUGCUGGACCGAGAAGGCAUUCCAGCCCUACUAAGGUGGACUCUACCUCCAACAAGGACAUCGGAGCGGAUACAGGGAAUAAUGCCGAUACUGCUGGGACCAGGUAGUGGGGGAGACAAAACAAACUGUGGCUUUAGGCCGAGUGUACAUGAAAAGAUUGGGCAUAACAUGGUUUGCGACUUUGAUCUUCAUUUUCAUCCUGUUCUUUUCCAGAGUCUGCUUCUGUUAGAGAUGCCAUGGAAGAGGAAGAUCAAUCUCUAUGGCAACGAUUCCUGAUAUGCAUAGAUGUAAUGUUGUGGGAUUUAUUUUCUUUAAUCAGUUUGCUUAUGUCUCGUUUUAUAUAGUGGGGCUCUUGAGAUUGUGACGAAAACCUGGUGUAACACGUUCAUCUAAUGCUUUGCGGUUUCCUCU